CUGGCUCACUUUGACCAUCGUCCCCGGCGGGGGAAAGGCAGGCUUGCCAGAGGAGAUCCCGGAGGCGAUGGUGACUACGCAGAGCUCUGAGCCAGGAGGGGUGAGAAAGAUGCUGAAGCCCCUGGCAGAGAAGCGUCGCCGCGACCGCAUCAAUCGGAGCCUGGAGGAACUGCGCCUGCUGCUCCUUCAGAGGACCCACAGCCAGACUCUGAAGAACCCCAAGGUGGAGAAAGCGGAGAUCUUGGAGAUUGCUGUAGGAUACCUGCGGGAGAUGAACGCAGCUAAACCCCAGGGUACAAAUGACCUGCAUGGAGCCGACCCCUCGGAAGACGGGACCCUCCAGACCUGCUACAUGAUGGGCUUUCGGGAGUGUCUCCUGGGUCUCGCUGCCUUCAUCCAGCAAACCCACCCGUCCGUCCAAAGCCACCUGCUGGACACUUUGCACCUCUACCUGGCCUCCAAGCCGGAGCCCCAGAGCCAAGACUGGACCCUCGCCGUCUUCUCUCCUAGCCCUUCGCUGGAGGAAUCGCCUCCCCGGACCCCCGAGGGCUUAUACUCACCCGUCAAGGCCCUGAGCGAAUCUUUGCGGAGCCCAGACCCCGCUUGCUCCAGCGCAGGCCAACAGAGACACAGCCGAGACGCCGCUGCCUCAGCCAAGAGGAUUCUGGCGCCUCCGUCGGCUUUCUGGCGGCCUUGGCCCUAGAGCACAAACACUCCUGCCCCCCACCCCCCUGCCCCAAACAUUUAUGUAUGUAAAUAUAUAUAUAUAUAUAUAUAUUAUCUAAUAAAACCUUUGUGAUGGGAUCACACUGCCGGGUGACUUUACGAGGGGAUGGAGACGUCACCUUACUGCCUCAAAUGUAGCGCUCUCCUCUGAGAAAGGGAGAUGGUUUCUUAGGGACUAGUAGCUUGGGCCUUCACCUAGUGACUCUGUUAGCAUUUACACAUCUAGAAAUGAGGUUUCAUAGUUGGAAGGGACCCAGAGGGUCAUUUUUUGGUGUUUUUUGUUGUUGUUGUUUUUACCCUCAACCAGCGGUUUGCAAAUUGGGACUCCCAAGAGGACUUUGCAGGUAAGUGAAAAGUGGUCUGAGGGCUGCAACCUUUCCUACCACUGAGAUGUUCUGCGGUGGGUGGGGGGAAAGUUGGGGCUCCCAUCAGAUUUCUCCCAGCUCCUUAAGAGACUUUAAGGAAAGUCUUUUGCAGGUUGUGACCCAAUGGGUAAGACCCAAAGGAGCCGAUUGGCUGCUUUGCUCAGUUCUCAGCAUCCUGGUCUUGCACAGGUAAGACAUUGCUGUCUUGUGUAGGUAAGAUGCCUCUUGGCAAAUGAUCGUGGCCCCAGCAGGGUGCUUCUACAGAAUGAAUGGGAAACUGGGGGUCUUCCAGGACCCCCCCAAUUCCCAUCACCCCCAAGACCACAUGCCCCACUACCUAGGACUCGUGACACAGGUUUUUCAGCCCUGUUUGCAUCCUGUUAGGGUCUGUGGAGUGGAAGGGAUUGUCUCUUAAUGUAAUAAGCCAGAAAUCUGAUUUUCACGUACCUGCAUAAACACCCUGUCUCCUGUAGAAUUUUAAGAUUUUUUUGCUUUUGGAUGUGUGUGCGAGUGGCUGAGUGUGCGCUUGGAUUACCAAGCCUGUGUCAUUUGCAAACGUUUCAUUACACGCCUGUUUGAAAUCAAAACGAGUAAUUUCCCCCCAUGUAGGUUCGUUUUAAAAAAUAUCUUUAAUUUCUUUUUUUUUCUUUUUCUCCAAACUUUCAGGUAUUAUUAUUAUAAAUAAUAUCCCCCCCCCUCAGUUAUGGCUUGUAUUGGGAUGUUUUUGGUUGCUUGUUUAAAUAGUUCCUUGUGUUGAAAUCUGUAUCCACCAUGUAAUAAAAAUGUAUUUCUUUUAAAAA